AUGUGUCUAGGGGUUUUGAUCGGUUCAAGCUUCGUUUUUAAAAAGAAGGGUCUGAUCAACUGCACUAGGAAUGGCAUGCUUGCUGGAGAAGGAUAUGCAUAUCUAAAAUCAAUGAUGUGGUGGACAGGAAUGAUUAUGAUGGUAGUAGGCGAAGUAUGCAAUUUUGUUGCGUACGCAUUCGUACAGCCGAUCCUGGUAACGCCUCUCGGAGCUCUGAGUGUUGUCAUUUGUGCCGUCUUGUCUUCCAUCUUUUUACAGGAACGUCUCAACUUGCAAGGAAAAGUCGGUUGUGCGCAAUGUAUCAUCGGCGCAACUAUAAUUGUUCUUCAUGCACCCCAACAAAGUGCUGUCAAGACCAUCCAAGAGUUUCAGCAUUUUAUGGCUCAGCCUGUAUUCUUGUCAUGGAUGAUCCUCAUCGUCUUGGUAUCUCUCUGGCUCAUCUGGAAAGCUGGCCCACGGUGGGGGAAGGAGCAUAUGAUGGUUUAUAUCGGCAUCUGUUCUUUGAUUGGAUCCCUCUCAGUAGUGGCCACUCAGGCUCUCGGUGCUGCCAUUGUGCACAACAUCUCUACAGGUGAACCUCAAUUCAAUAUUUGGUUUACGUAUUUUGUAAUCAUCUUCAUGGUCAUCACGCUUUUGAUCGAGAUCAAUUACUUGAAUAAGGCCUUGAAUUUGUUCAACACAGCUAUGGUAACCCCAACUUACUAUGUAACAUUCACCUCCGCAACUAUAAUCACUUCUGCGAUCCUCUACCAAGGAUUUCAUGCAUCCGUCGUUGCGAUCCUGUCAGUCGUCUUUGGUUUCUUUGUCAUCUGUGGUGGUGUUUUACUCCUGCAGACGUCUAAACCUGUAGUUCCUUUACCUCCUAUACCUAUUCCAGAGAAUGCUACGGAUGCUUCAGAACUGGAGGCUGCUAUGGGCGGAGAGUUUGCUACAACGGAAGAGAAGGGCCUCGAAUGCGACAACAAAUACAGCACCAUGGUCACGGCCUCAGAGCAUUGCAGGCAGCACAACUGCAUUUUAUCCAUCUUCCUCUGGGACAUACUCAAGCAUGGCGAUGGGCCCUAA